GGGUGCUCCACAAAGCAACGGCACGGGCACGGCGCGAGCGCGCGAUCCGAUCCGCCUCCACGGACACCCACCACACCAACCAAAUGGGAGCGAGGAAAUCAAAGCCACCUCCGCACGGCCCCGUCCGUCGCCCGUCGGCACCCGCGUCGAAGGGUCGUCCCCGCCUAUAAAUCCCCAGCGUGGAAAUAACCGCGCCCGGAAAGGACCAGGCAUUCCAGCAAUUUCUCAUUUCAUUUCUCCAUUUCCUCGUCGCCUACGCUUCCCCCACCCUCCCCUACCGAAUCCCGUCGCAUUCUCCGCCCGAUCCGCCCGCCGGCCCCUUCCCCCCGCCGAUGGCGGUCGGGCCCAAUCGCCGCCUUGCCCUGGCGCUCCGGCGGUUCGGGAUUUGCUGACAGGACAUUGAGAUUUAGGCCUCGGUUGCUGGGUUGGUCCGGGGGGGGGGGGGGGGGGGGAAUCUGGUGCGGGGCGCGGCGCCGGUCGAUCGAGCUCGCCGGUCGGGCGGUUCUGCGAGGGAGGGCGAUGGGGCUGCUGUUCGUGGAGUCGCUCCCGGGGCCCAAGGUGUUCAAGUGCAAGUACUGCAGGGUGGACUCGGCGUCGCCGGCCGCCAUCGUGUCCAAGGAGUUCCGCGGCCGCCACGGCCGCGCCUACCUCUUCGACAGCGUGGUGAAUGUGAGCUUUGGUCCGAACGAGGAUCGUCGGCUCAUGACUGGAAUGCAUACAGUGAAUGAUAUCUACUGUAGCCGCUGCCAGCGACUCCUUGGCUGGAGAUAUGAGAAAGCUUAUGAGGAAGAUCAGAAAUUCAAAGAAGGCAAGUAUAUACUGGAGAAGAACAUGAUGCUCAAAGAAUGAUGGUAACUGAAGAAAUCAAUCAAUUAUUAAGUCUGUAAAAGCAGACAUUUCCAACUGUGUAAAUUAUUCAUUAAAAUUUGUGGUUUGUGGUUUCCUGAACAUUAUUGUGCCGAAGAGGACCAAGUGUGAUGAAAAUCAGUUUAUGAAACAUUUUGGUGUCGCACUAUUUUAGUCU